CAUUCUGUGCCUUUUGACGUAUGUAUGUAGACCGCUCACUGAGCCACAAUGGCUUCUGCUUCCUGUGCGUCGGUUCCGUUCCUGGUUGUCACAGGUUUUGUAUUUUAUUUACACGCCUGCGUGGAUUUAUGAAAGGUUGUGAUUUUGUUUGAAGUCUGUUUUAUGUAUGCUUGGUUAGUUAAGAGUGACAAGUAAGUCAUCGUGAAAAUUUAUUUAAAGAGAACAGCAAGCAGCACAGUUUAUUUUAUUGACCAGUUUCCUUGUUUGUAAGGUACUAUUCUAGGAAGGGUUGUAAGCGACAUGAAGUUUCAUUCAUUGUAAUUUUAUUACCAGAAAAGUGGCACGGGUACCAGAAUGGGAGGCGUGAGUAAUGUGUUUCGUUUGCUUUUUGACAGUGCAUUCUGAUUGAGUCGCGUCGCUUGCGGUGCUCCAGUUCGGCACUGUCACUUAUUUUCGUUCUCAUUUGUAAUUCAUUAUUGAUACAAUGAACCCAAACGUUUGAAAACCAAUGUUAAUGUCUAUAUGUGUAAAUUUUGCUUAGUUUCAUGUCAGUUUAACCUAAGAGAAAGCACCGACUAACAUCAACUUAAACCCAGUAAGGAUUAACAACACUGAGGUGCGUGUCGCGUCUGUAUUUCUCAUUAUCCUUGCUUUAUUUCAAAUUUGAAAAGAAUGACUUAAAACUUGCAGUGUCUCAUGCCUUCAUGCUUUCAGUUUGACUUCGAACCCCUCGAAAGGAAAAGGACAGAGUCUAACACGAAUAAAUGAGCUACGCAAGACGCUGAGCGGGUCUUUUAAAAGCUGCCUAAAUCGAACCGAUGUAUUCAUAGCAAAUACGUCGGGAAACUUGUUCGAUUCAGCCGCGCUUACUCAAAGGAACCUGCGGUAUAUACCCCGGACUGGAAAUCAAUACGAAGUUCUUAGGCUUUAGAUCGUACAGAAUUGAUCCCUCUGAUGCGUUACUUUUUUUAUUCCUAUUAGCCUUUCUAGAUAUCUUUACCCUUAUUGCUGAGCACCGUUCACGCAGCCAUGACCUCUUUCCGUGGCCGCCUGUGGAGCCGUUUAGAGGCAGUAUGCCGCUUUAUGCCUGUGAUAGUAAACACGGUGUUAGUGGUGUCCAUUACGGGAGAAGUGAUGUAUCUGGUAAUGGUGGAGGCGCCUCUCGAGCCUGAACAAAAAGAAAGGGACUGGGCCCCCCUAUGGAAAGGUGUCCACCUGGCAUCGCAGAUCUUCAUGUUUGGCAACAUUCUUUGGAACGCCUCGCUCUUCUUAAGGACAAGCCCCAGCAUCCGAGGGGUUUUUCUGGAAGGAUCAGCAGUUGGCCAAGGGUGGAGGUAUUGCUAUGCUUGUGAGACGCACAUUCCUCCAAGGUGUUCCCAUUGCUAUGACUGUAAGGUGUGUGUGCUUCGGAAAGAUCACCACUGUGUCUUUUUUGGCCAAUGUGUUGGUUUCAAGAACUACCGGUAUUUUCUCAGCUGUCUACUGUUCAUGUGGGCUGGUCUGCUGUAUGCUGUUGUGCUAAAUGUUGAGGUUUUCAUCAUCAUCUUGAAAGAAGGCAUCACACCACACAGUGUAUUGCUUCUUUUAAUGCCCUGGAUCAUGCUUAUUACAGGUCAAGUGACUGCCAGAGCCUUUGCUUUUGCCUUUGUGGCAGAUACCUGUGUGGUGGGCUGUUUAUGUGUAUCUGCAUUCCUGUUUUUCCAUGUAGCAUUGAUGCUGAGAGGGCAGACCACAAGAGAAUGGUAUUCAAACCAACGUCCUUACAGUUUGGGCUGGCGGCGCAAUAUUCUGGAGUGCCUUGGUGAGCGUUGGUAUGUGGCUUGGCUAUGCCCUCUCAUUCCUUCUCCUUUCCCUGGUGAUGGGAUACAUUUUUUGGUUACAGCUCCUCCUUCGGGAGUCAGAUCUGAUAAUGUGAAUUCUGGAAAGAACUAAUCUUGAUCAAGUGGAAGUAAAGACCUACAAUUCCUUCUGCACUGUAGCAUUUUCUGACAAUGAAUAUGGCUGUGCCUUCUUUUCAGAUAUUCUUUAUGGACUAUUUCCUGAUUUUUAAUUCACAGCUUCAUAGCAAAUGUUUCUGCUCUUAUAUAAUGAGGGCAACAAGAAAUAAGCAGUUCACUGUUUUAAAUUAUUAUUAUUUUUUUUCAUACAUGAAAAUAUUUCAACCUCUUGACACAAAGUUAGGUGAUAAGUAAAACAAAAAGUACUGUUUCAUAGAACUUUUGAACAAGUAGCCACUUAACCCCUGGAAUGCUGCAAAUUAAUAUAUUAUAAUUUACAUUAAUGGACAAAGACAUGCCUCAAUUCUAUAGCUGAAAUUUUUUUGUUUUUAAUUAAAUAAAUCUGUUUGAUUUUGUGUGUAGAUACACUUGUGAACUCUGUAUCCACCCCCUUUCAUACUUUACAAGUUUGUGCUACAAUAUUUGGGCAUCUGUUAAAUUCAGAGAUAGAGUAUAAUCUAUGAUCUUUGUUUUGAUUAAAACUUUAGGUAGUUUGGUUUAUGACACCAAUAACGUAUAAUUUAAAUGACAUCAAAAAAAGUGAUUUAAAAUCAGGAACUAACUUAAUGAGACUUGAAAUCCAGGUUUUAAAAAGAUACCUUGAAUAUGAAAUUCUAGGGUCUGUUUGGGGGUUGUGGGGUUAAAAUCACAUAGUCCACUUGAAAUAAUGCCCCUGCAUAAUUUGGAAGAAUGUUGUUGUUCUCCAAAACUACUUUUUCACCCUGAGUCAGUUUAUGUUGUAUAUACUGAACCAUGGACAAUAUCUUACCUUGGUCAUUUUUGAACUUAGGGCAAAAUAGACACAAUUAUUAAAGAUUCUUUUAAUUUAUCUAUUUUUACUUUACUUGCAUAUUGAUGGAUCUCUUGCUUAAUUCCUUAGAAUUCCUGCAUUAAUAUUGGCUUUAAAAACUGAUGCACGAAAAUGUGUUGCAUCAGUUUUCUUUCCGAGAGACCAGAGUAGUUUUUGGUUUCAAGUUUAAAAAAAAUAAUUUUUCACCAAAAAUCUACAAAAAAAUUGAUUGUAAGUUACCUAUUUUAAUAUGCAGUAAUUUAAACCAUCCACAUAAAAACAGUUUUAAUAUUUUAAAACUGUAUUACUUUUUUGCUAAUUCUUUGCCAGCGAUAACCACAUGUUAUUGUGUGGAGAUAUAAAGUAUUUAUUAUAUAUAAAUAGAAGGGGUUUCUAGAUUUCAAAAAGUAGAUCCAUGUCUUUUGAGUAAAGACAAGGAUUUUCACUUUCAGUACUAUGUUCAUAUUUCUUCUUUGGGUCUUCAGCUUCUGGUAAGACAAGAGCUAAACAAGUAAAGCGUUUGGAAAUCAACUAACUGUCCUGUGUGUUUCAGCAUGAAAUAGUGCAUGUAUGUCAGUAUCCCCAGUACAAGUGAGAUUACCAGCUGCUCAUCAUGCUCUAGUCUACAGGUAAAUGUGUUAUAAAUACAGAUUAGUAUACAAACAUUUACACACAAAAGGCAAUUCACGAGUUUAGGUCGUAAAAAUUGAAGUACCGUCUUUGUAUCAAAUCACUCAGGGGAUCUAAAUGUGCAUGUGCUGGCUGCUGUGUUGCCUUCUGCCAGCUGAAAACUGCAUGAUAAUUUUAUUUAUUUUUUAUUCAAACCUGCUUCCAUGAAGCUUUAGUUUUGAUUUGCUUUAAAAGUUUUAUACAGCUCGAUUCCAAACCAGUGUUCCAUCACUGAAUCAAUCAUUUAUGAUUUGUUACAACAAGUGAUUGCUCAGAAUAUUUGCUUAUUGGUUUUCUAUGUUAAUUUUUAACAACAUACUUUUUUAUGUAAUUUAUUGUUGGUUCAUUUAAAGCAGAAUGUUUAGAUUCUAUUCUGUAUUAUAAUAUGUAGUGUGUUUUUUUAUGUACAAGACACUAAUGUAUAAAGAAAAUGACCAGCUGAGCCAGAAUUGAGUCUUAAACCCUGAGAAUAACAAUACUAUAUACAAUGUGUAUUUACAGCAUGCACAACUACUUUGUAACGGACACUGCCCAUGCUUUUUCAGAUUUAAAAGAACAAAUGAUUUUGUUCUGUGGCAUGUGAAGAAUAUUCUUUAAAAUUAUUAAAUCCAGACACAUUUGGUUUUCAUGCAUGUAACUCAAUUAGUUCCACACAUUUAUCUUAACUGUUUUUGUUUUGGUGUAUGCCCUGGUGGUGUUAUUACAGUGCAAUGUAGUUUUGGGUACUAAACAACUUUAACUACU